CGACGGCAAUGGCAGCUCCACCUCCUCAUGGCGGUGUCCGCGUCCUCCGAACGGAGCACGUCACGCCGCCGGCGUCCGCGCUCUCAGAAGACCGUGCUGUGCCCCUCACCUUUCUGGACGCCACGUGGCUCCACGCCAAGCCCGUCGAGCGCGUCUUCUUCUACCGUCUGGUCUCCGUCUCAGGCGCCGACGGCGUGGACGGCAUGCUGUCCAAGCUAGCCGACUCGCUGUCUCAGGCGCUCGGCACCUUCUACCCGCUCGCUGGCCGCAUCCGCCUCAAGCCUGGCGAGACCAACCGGUACGAGCUCUUCUCCCAGCCGGGCGACGGCGUCGCCUUUACGGUUGCCGAGCAGGACGGCGUCAGCAUCGAGGAGCUAGCCACUGAUGUCGAGAGGGAGGUUGCCAAGAUUGUGCCGCUCGUGCCGGCGCUGCCGGAGGGAGGGGCGGUUCUCGCGGUACAGGCGACCAUUCUACUGCCCGCUCCCGCCGGCCUUGCUCUCGGCAUCACCAUGCACCACGCCGCCUGCGACGGCACCAGCUCGACGCACUUCCUCCACACCUGGGCCGCCGCCUGCGCCGCCGCGGAGGUCUCGCCGGAACCGCCCGUCAUCGACCGCAGCUUCAUUAUUGACCGCAAGGACCUCCACGACGUGUUCGCCAGACCAAUUGAUCGAGCCGUCAAGAAAAGGUUCAAUCCGACCGACGCCAUCGAGAGGCUCAUUGCGACGUACACCCUGUCCAAGGAGCACCUGCAGAGCAUCAAGGACAUCGUCACCGGUGAGGCGGCACGCCGGGGCGUGCCGCCGCCUCGUUGCACCUCCACCGUCGCGGCGUACGGCGUCAUGUGGAUGUGCCACCUCCGCGCUACGCAAGCCACCGGAGAACCAGAUCCUCCUAACGGCGGCCACGCCUACUUCCUCUUCCUCACCGACCACCGGGGACGGCUCGAGCCACGCGUCCCCAGCAGGUACUUCGGCAACUGCUUGGGCCCAUGCCGCGCCUCCAUGCCCAAGAACGGCGCGGCAAUCGCCACCGUGACCGACGGCCUCUUCACGGCUUGCUCCGCGGUGGCCGUCGCCGUGGACGAGGCGGUGCGCCGCGAGCCCGGGUACUGGGAGGGGUGGCCGGAGCGCAUCGUCGAGGCGUGCAGGAACGGUGCGCCCUUCACGGUGGCCGGAUCACCGAGGUUCCGCGUGUACGGCGUGGACUUUGGGUUCGGGAAGCCGGCGAAGGUGGAGAUCGUAUCCGUGGCGAGGACCGGCGCGAUGUCGGUGGCGGAGGGCCGUGGCGGCUCCGACAGCAUCGAGGUGGGCAUCGCCCUGCCGCCAGAUGGCAUGGACAGCUUCCGGAGGUGCUUCGACCACGUCAUCGCGUGCCUCGCGCCCUCGCGACAAAAUGACGUCAUCUAGCAUCACCAUUCCGGUAUUCAACAACUUAAACAGUGGUGGAUGCAGGACACAAGGUUGGGGCCUGUCACACCCUAGGUUUGUAUCUCAAGCCAAAAUCAAUAAAAAAAUUAUUAAAUAAUAAUUGGCUUAAUUAACUCAAAAAAAUCCACUCUAAAGA